UACCCUUGUAUGACACUAAUAUAGGUAGGUAGUAGGUACUUAUUAUAGUGCUGAUGAGACAAAGUUAGCAUCAAAUUCUCACGGCGCGUGCUCGUAGAAAUCACAUUUAAAUACUAAUGUAUUUAAAUUAUUUUUAAUUUAUUAGUAUCGGACAUACAUUCUUUUUAUAGUCAUAACCAGUUUUGAUAGUGGUCCGCCUUAGUCGCUAUGAUAUAAUUUCAUUGAGCUUCAUUGCGUGUCAGUAGUUAGUUGUGUAAACAUUGCAUCGCUUCAGUUAUGGAGACAAUACCGCAGAAUUCUUUAUUCGAAUUCAAUCCUGAUACUUUGGUUUAUUUGAGGAAGCAAUAUGAUCUGGACAAGCCCGGGAGGAUUGAAGAAGCAAUAGACAUACUUGAGGAGUGGAUUAAAAAGCAGAACCACUUUUUAGUUAAAAAUUUUCCACGAGACUACUUGGAACGAGCGAUCAUUAUUAGCAAGGGAUCUGUAGAACGCGCUAAGAUGAAACUGGAUAAAAUUUGCACUUUUAGAAGUAUUAUGCCACAUUUUUUUGAAGAAAUCAAUUUAAAAGACCCAGAGUUAAUUGAAGAAAUGUAUGGCUGUUUCCUGCCCAAACUCACAAAGGAUCAUUAUAGAGUAUAUUUAUUUAAAAGUAAGAUCAAAACACUUACAUCGGGUCUUCUUAACUAUUAUCGUUAUUUUUUCAUGCAAUGUGAAUACAUCCAAGCACAUGACUAUUGCAACGGUAUAGUGGCAGUAAUAGAUUAUACAGAUGCAAACAUGAUGGAAAUUAUCAAAUGGUUCAACGCAGUUGAUCUGCGAGAGUCGAUUACGAUUUUGAGGGAAGGUUAUGGUAUGAGGAUAAAGGGUAUCCACCUUAUAUCAGGUUCCAAAGCAUUAGACGCGGUUGUAGCCGUUUUCAAACAAGUAUUAAGUUCCAAGGUGGCUGGACGUUUGUAUACGCACAAAAGUAUCGAAGACGUAGCGAAUAUUGUAGACAAAGAUAUUGUUCCUGUAGAAUAUGGUGGCAAAGAAAAACCUCUGAUAGAAUUACAUAAUAAAAACUUGGAGGUAUUAUCUUCAAGCGGUUUCACUGCUCAUCUAAAAGAAAUGAGAAUGGCGAAAACCAAUGAAAAUUUGAGACUGUCUGCGACGCAAGCUGACCAGUAUUUAGGAAUGGCUGGAUCGUUCAGAACGUUAAGCGUUGAUUGAAUUUUGAAAAAAAAGAAGUAGUUUAGCAAAUUAAAAAAACUUAUCUAUGUAUAUUAUCUACAAAAUAUAGCUAAAACGCUCGCUACUACUAGUUAUACAAAAGUUAUAUCGUCGUCAUCAACCCAUAUUCGGCUCACUGCUGAGCUCGAGUCUCCUCUCAGAAUGAGAGGGGUUAAAAGUUAUAUAAUAUAAUAGUAAUAAAAUCAUAAUAA